UCGCUGCGACGCCAGACAGUGAAGCUCAGUACCUGACUGUGCAGUGCCUCACGACCAACGUAAAAUCCUCUAAAAUGGAAGCUGACGUUCGUGGAUGGAGAAGCUUGCAGGAUGAUUAUUUGCUGUUGCUGAUGCAGUGUGUCAACCCUCCUGAGGGGCGACGGAGGUGAGGAGCGGAAGAGGGGCAUCCAGACUCCCGGUCACAACAUCUCGCCUUAGAUCAUGUGUUUUGAUUCCCUGCCCCUCUCCGUCGUCUCCCGGUUAAAAUCAAGGCAGAUGAGACAUUAAAUAGUCUAUUUCAAGCGUAGAAACAUCCGGAGCCUGGAGAAGCAAGAUGAAAUUUCCAAGUGAGAAUCCAAGGAAACCAGGGAACAGCCCUUCACCAGUGGCAGUUCAGACCAACCUUGUCCCACCCAAGAAGAUGCAGCCUGGCAUGCUUCAGUCCAGCCUUGUGCACGCCAGUGUCGCCACCAUGCAGAACCCAAUGGGCUGCUCCUUGCCCCGACUCUCCCGGCCCAGCAGCGUGGUGGCCAGCAUGGAGGCUGACGGCUCAGCUCCUUUUACCAUGAUGAAAUUGAAGACCGUGUUGGCGGUGUUUGUCGUGGUGGUGGUCUACCUAGUGGCAGGGGGGUUGAUGUUUCGGGCUCUGGAGCAGCCGUUUGAAAAUAACCAAAAGAUUACCAUCACCGCAGAGAAAGCAGCGUUCCUGCACAAACACACAUGUGUGUCCUCGGACGAGCUGGAGGCGCUCAUCAAACACUCUGUUGAUGCUGUGAACGCUGGCGUCAAUCCUGUUGGCGAUACCUCUUAUAAUUCCAGCCACUGGGAUCUGGGUAGUGCCUUUUUCUUUGCUGGAACGGUCAUCACAACUAUCGGGUAUGGUAACAUUGCCCCGAGCACUGAGGGAGGAAAGAUUUUCUGCAUUUUAUAUGCAAUAUUUGGCAUCCCACUGUUUGGAUUCCUGUUGGCAGGGGUCGGAGACCAGCUAGGUACCAUAUUUGUCAAAAGUAUUGCCAAAGUGGAGAAGAUGUUCCGGAAUAAACCCAACCAGAUCAGCCAGACAAAAAUCAGAGUGGCCUCGACUCUCCUCUUCAUCCUGGCUGGUUGCAUCCUGUUUGUGACCAUCCCAGCUGUAAUCUUCAAACACAUUGAAGGUUGGACAGCUUUGGAGUCAACAUAUUUUGUCGUAAUCACCCUGACAACUGUUGGAAUAGGAGACUAUGUGGCAGGCGGAAAUCGAAGGAUUGCUUACCGCAAAUGGUACAGACCACUUGUGUGGUUCUGGAUCCUGGGUGGUCUGGCGUAUUUUGCUGCUGUGCUAAAUAUGAUUGGCGACUGGUUGAGGGUGCUUUCCAAAAAGACCAAAGAAGAGGUUGGAGAAAUCAAAGCCCAUGCAGCAGAGUGGAAAGCGAAUGUGCGAGCAGAGCUGAGAGAAACAAGGCGGCGUAUGAGCGUCGAGGUCAGCGAUAAGCUGCAGCGUGCAGCCACCAUCCGCAGUAUGGAAAGACGACAGCUGGGCCUGGAUCAGCGUGCCGUGUCUCUGGAUGUGCUUUCUCCAGAACGCCGGGCAAUCUUCAAUAGUCUGGACACCAACAACUACAAAACCUCCUCCCAGGAAAGUAUUGAGACAAAGUUGAACAAUCUUCGCCCAAGGGGAGCUGAACAGUGUGACCGUCAGUCCAACCACGAAACCACACCUGAGGACAACAUUUCUAACCGCUUGGGUUCUGUCACCAAACUGGCAAAACGUAACAGGAAUCGGGAUCUAAAGAAAAACAUCCCAGAGGACGCUCGCCGUCCUCACAGUGAAGCCUAUGGUUGGAGCACACCCACCUUUGACUGCAGCACACUAGUCAUGGAUGAUGGGAAGAGGAAGGAUGAGGAACAAGAAGAGAACGAAGACAAAGAAUGCAAUACCAGCUUGUCGGAAUUUCCGUUGUUCGUAGACGUUCUUAAAGUACAAGCUUGCAAAUCACACAAUGGGCUGCUUCUUGAGCAAAACAAAGAGAACAUAAAUGGGGAAACACUUCAAAUGAAAGAGGUGCACAUUGAGAUGGGCCCAUAGUUGUGUAAAUGUCUAAACAUGUUUCAAAUCUCACCAUUUGUGCCUUAGGUUUUUGCGUUUUUCGGUGUGUGCUGGGACAGUGUUUACUUUAUAUCGGGAGUGUCUCAACUUUUUGCAGCCCGGGCCACAUAGUGAAAAAUGAAAGGAUGCAAGAGACAUUUUGGCAUUUUGUAAAGCAACACAUGUAGAUGUGCUAAGAAGUUAUAUAUAUUUCUAGAAAAAACUGCAUCUCAGCUUUGUGAAGACGGCUAGUAUCAGUAUCCUUGUUUCUCUUUUCUUUUUUCCCCCAUUUUUGCAUUUUCUAAGGAAUUUUAAAAAUAUUUUUCUUAAUAGUUCUGUCACGUUCUGUGGUGGUGUCGAGUGCUCGACCCCAUGCAGAGACAGGCGUAGGUGGUAGAAAAUAAAAAUAUUUAGCAGUGCAAACAACAGAAAGCGACAGAGGUGAAAAAGGCUUUGUGAAAAAAUUCUACAUGGAAGACUUGGGUUGUAGUAACAGGUAAGGGAACUGUCUAAGUGUCAGCACAGGUGAGGUACACAUAGGCAACAGGCAAAGAGACAAUGUAUGGCGCUGGGCUUUUAAACCCCACUAAUUGCGAUUGCAGCCAGCUGUGCAACAAACCACUGGGGUAGGCGGCUGCAGCGUCCCCCAGCAGGAAGUGCAGCGCACCAAAGUAAGAGCAUGACAAGUGUGACUGUAUUCUUGUAAAAAUGUUUUUCCAUUUCUGUGAUUGUUGUUUUUUUUUGUUUGCGUUUUCCAAAUAUUUAAACUUUAUCAAUUUUCUUUUUGUAAUUAUGUCUUUAUUCCCAUAAUAUUUGGAUUUUAUUCUUGUAACAUUCUUUAAACAUUUUUUUUAUUUUGUAACAUAACUUUUUCUUAAACCUCGUUUUCCCAAAAAUUCCAACUUUAUUUGUUGUUUUGUUUGUUUUUAAUACAAGUUUUAAAAAUGUUGUUUUUUUGUUUGUUUGUUUUCUUGUUAAAUAAUAUUUCCUCCUUUAAUCAAAUAAUCAGCUAGCUAAUUCUGCAGAGCCGACUCUUUUGUUGAAGAAGAUGGCGAAAAGAAAGAAAGACAUGGAGUACGGUGCAAAACCAUGCAGCACCAGUCACAUUGUCGCAUUGGUGGUAAGAAGUAUUGUAUUUAUUAUUGGAUAGCUUCAGUAUAACAAUGUGAUUAAAAAUAAGAAAUUAUUGAUGCAUUUUAAAUAUUCUAAAAUUGUUGGUCUUGCUGAAAAAUGCAUUUAGUUUUAUUCAAUGUUAACAAAUAUGAUAUGGCUCCACAGAAAUACAUUUUCAAAUACCGGUAUGUGGCUUUCAUGGCUCUCUUAGCAAAAAAGGUUCCCGACCCCUGCCAUGCGGCAUGAUGAAAGGUAAUAUGUAACUUCACACAUACCCUGUAUUUAUGUAUGGUUUCUUCUUUGAGGACUCAUACAUCUUAUAAAAUGAAACACAACAUAAAAUGAGCGGAUUAUUAAAUUACAGAAUGUUCUCACUCAGCAUUGAGGGAUACACUCAAUCCUGGCAAAUACCUGUAAACUUCUUUAUUCAGUUCACCUUCUGAAAAUAUAUUAUAACAAGAAAACUAUUUAAAAAAACAACAGCAAAAAUUGAAAAAUCAGCAGUAAUUUUACAAUAAUAAAGUCAAAAUAUUAUGAGAAAAAUGUUGUAAUCUAAUGAGAAGAAGUCGUCAUUUUACGAGAAUGAGGUUGUAAUAUGAGAAAAAUAACAACAGUGAAUAAAAUUGUAAUUUCUGGAAAAUUAGGUUUCGGAAAAAGUUAUAAUGUUAUUAUAAUGUUGUCAAAAUAUUAAAAAAAUAUUGAAAAAGUAAAAUAGGUUUUUGUCAAAAUUAAAGUGAUUUUAUAGUUCCUUGUCUGAUCAUAUAGCCAAUAGCAGCGGUGCAGCCGUGAAAGAAAAAUUACACUGGACUCCAACCCCACCCUUAUUUUUUAAACUAAUUAUCUACCAACUCAUCAGAAAUAAAUUGAAAAUUUUAAAAACAAUCAUAGUUAAGCCAUGUGUUCCGUGUUGGCCGAUCUCACUCAUCAGAAUUGGCUGCAUAAAACCAUGAUCAGAGCACCCCUAAUAUAUAUACAUAUGUACUGUAUAUACUUUAUAUCCAUCCAUUUUCUAUGCUGCUUAUCUUCAUUAGUCUGCAAUUGUUCCACUUCAGGAACUGUGACAGGUAAUUUGUCAGGAGGUAAAUUUACUGAAGUCGAGAACUUCCAUGAGGGUGGUUUCGAGCCAGCUGGGCUUUGCAGUCAGAACAGAGGAAUCCUGACUUGGUGUUGAUGUGGUGCUUUAAGUGGUUUGGUGAAAGCAAAACUCCAACUCAAGCUUUGUCUUGCAGGAUGUGCAAACUACUUUGUCGGUUGAUUCUGUGUAAUUUUGUUUUUUGUUUGUUUUGUUUGUGUCCUGUCAUUUUUUUACUUUUUUUUUUUUUUUUUUACUUUUACAUAAUGCGCCUCGACUGGAUGGCUUAUGUGAUGUGUACAUUGUCAGAUGAUCUCACACACCCACAACGGCAUGACGUCUUUUGGGUCACGUACACUUGCAGGACUAAUGUUUCGAUAAUAGCAUUUUUGUUUUGGUGCGUUUGUGUGGUUGGCAUACACACUUGCCUCACUUUUGCCUCUACUUGGUGCGGUCAUGUUGGUACUACACUGCAUUCCAAAUGAAUUAUACUAUGCAGAGCAAAUGGACUAGAGUUUGUUUUAACUGGACCACAAAUGACAAGCGUGAACGCACUCUUAGUCCAUCUUGAACAAGCUGGCUCUGUCACCGGGUUGCGUUGGAACACCAAUCCACGCCAUUGAGAUUGGAGGGAUUUUGAGUCACUGUGUGUUGCACAUUUAUUUAUUUAUUCAUUUCAUUAAAUUAAUCAUGGAAAUGAAUUCAUCGGGAUAAAUGUGUUGAUUUUCACAGGCCUAAUCAUGAUGCAGGUUCUACAUAUGUUUGGUUGAAGGUUUUUGUUAUUUAUUGAAAUAAUUAACAAUGUUGGAAUGCUGAAAAUGUAGAAUUCCCUAAUUUAC